UUGAAGGAUACUUAUUAUUAAUACGAUAAUUAGAAUACAACAAGCCUUUUCACUGUAAAUCAGUCCUGAUAGGAGACUGAAAGCAUUUUGCUGCAGCUGUAACAGUCUGAUCAUCACCAGCUGGCGGCGCUGAUGAACCAACUCGCUGUUUGCAAACCGCCAAUAAACCUGCAGAAGAAGAAGAAGCAGCAAGAGCAACAUGCAGCAGAGACCAGUUUAGCUUCCAGAUGUUUACGCUCCGCUGACAGACAAUAUAUAUUAAAACUAGUUUGUCGAGUACUUGUAAAGUUAUAAUAUAAACGGAAACGUUAAUUGUCGAGUUCACCGAUGAGUUUCCCGCCUAAACGCUGGUUGUUUCUGUGCUGUUACUGCUAGCUCGUUAGCGCCGUUAGCCUGCCCGGUGUUCCGGGGAGGAUGGGCCGAGGAGAAGCACCGACCCGCGGCCGCCACCCGCCGGGCCCGCCGGGCGAAGACGGACCUCCGUUCGACAUGGGACCUCCACCGGGAUGGGGCCCUCCGCCGCCGGGAGGCUGGGGGCCUCCGCCUCCCGGUGGCUGGCCUCUGUGUCCUGAUGAUUGGGGCCCUCCACCGCCCGGAGGCUGGGGACCCCCGCCGCCCGGAGGAUGGGGCCCCCCGCCGCCAGGAGGAUGGGGACCUCCGCCGCCCGGUGGAUGGGGUCCUCAUCCGCCGGGAGAGUGGGGCCCGAGAAGGCCUCCGUCCCCUGGCUGGGGACCAAGAGGUCCGCCGCCUCCAGGCUGGGGGCCCCAUCCAGACGACUGGAUGCCUCCUCCCGAGGACUGGGGCCCCCUACCAGAGGACUGGAGGCCCCCUCACCCCGACGACUGGAGGCUUCACCCGGAUGCCUGGAGGCGGCAUCGUGAAGACUGGAGGCCCCCCGAGGACUGGGGCCCCGACAGGCCGCUUCCUCCUCCGGGCUGGGGGCCUCCCGGCUGGGGUCCGGAGGGCCCCCCUGAGCCGUGGGGACCCGAGCCUGGUCCACCCGGCCCAGUACCUCCCCCGGCCCUGCCCCCUCCUCCUCCUGUCGGGAUCCCUCCUCCGGACCCCGCAGCCUACGGCCCCGCGCCGGGAGCUGCGGGCCCCCCGCCGGCCUGCGUCCCUCCGUUCGGCUUCCCGACGUUCCCUCCUCCCGCCUGGACAGAAGAGCCUGUUGUGGAGGAAGUGAUGCCCAACCCGCCUCCAGACCAGCCGGAGUGGAUCAAAGCUUUGAUUUCAGCUCCGGCCACAGACUCCGCUCCGGCUGAAACAAAGACGACUAAUAAGACGACUGAGGAACCCGCUGUCACUCAAACACCUGCUGCUGACCCCACCCCUGCCCCCGCCAUCGCCCCGCCUACCUCCAAACCCAAACCUGAACCCUCCAAGACCGCCAAACCGUUCGGCCUGCUGGGAAAACGCACGUUUGAUAAGCCUCCUCCUGGAAGGUCCACCGGCAUCAUCUCCUUCGUCGGGCCGACCUUCGGCUACAUUGAGAGAGAAGACCUCGAGAAGUUCACCUUCAGCUUUCAAGCCUUCUUUGGAAACCCCAAAGCCAUGACGCCCGGGGUCAGAGUUCACUUCACCGCCUGCAAGGAGAAGCAGAACAGUCUGAUAGCGACAGAUGUGAAAGUGGCUCCAGGUGGAACCGAGAACGUGGACACGGAGAUCUAUGAAGCUGUGGUCAGUCAGCCGAUCGUGGAGCCUCAGCCCGGCGAGCGUCAGUACCCCGGUCAGGUUCACGUGGACAUCGGGCCGCUGAGGACCAACCUGACGUUCGACAGGAAGGACAGCAUGGUGACGCUGCUGAAGAACGACCAGGUGCUCAUCAACCUGCUGACCGACAUCGUCACCGAGAAGAGAAGAGCAACGAACAUCAAACCCAAAAUCCCUGCAACCUUCAGCCACACCAAGGAGACCAGAGAGACGGGCGUCAUCAUCAGCCUGAAGGACAACGAAGGCGUCAUCAAGUCGGACGAACACGGCGAGCUUCCCUUUGACACCAAGGAGAACUUCAGCGAUGUGGAGUUCACCACCGAGGACGUCAACGAGGAAGUGGAGUUCACCGUCAUCACGCUGAGAGCGGGGAAGAGGGCGAUCCGGAUCCGCCGGGUGAAGGAGCCCCUCCUCCUCACGCUCUGCACCGCCACCACCGCUGCCGGCGAGGAGCUGGAGAGCACGACCUCUAACAGCAAUAGCAACGACGACAGGCAGGUCAAAGGAAGGGCCAACGCCAAGCUGGAUCUGGGAUCCAAAAUGGUUCUGGACCCGGAGCUGUACGAGGGCGUCGUCAGCCAGCCAAUCAUUGAGCCCACGCCCAACAUGCAGGGUUACCCGGGUCAGAUCCACGCCAACAUCGGCCCCAUCAGGACCAACGUGACCUUCGACCACAGAGACUGCGGCGUCACGCUGCUGAAGAACGACCACGUGCUGAUCAACCUGCUGAUCGACACGGUGACGAGGAAGAGGAGAGCAGCCAACAUCAAGCCCAAAAUCCCCUUCACCUUCAGCUACACCAAAGAGAAGAGAGAGCUGGGCAUCAUCACCAGUCUGGGAGCAGAAGAAGGCAUCGUCAACUCCGAGGAGCACGGAGAACUUCCCUUCGACCUCUGCGAGAACUUCAGCGACUCAGAGUUCAACACCAAUGACAUCCACAAGGAGGUGGAGUUCACGGUGACCCUGGUGAAAUCGAACAAGAGAGCGAUCAGGCUGAGGAGGACAAAGAUGAUCGAGGACAAAAUCCUGAACGAGCAGAAAAGACGAGAGGAGGAGGAGAAGAAGAAGAAACGGGAGGAGGAGGAGAGGAAGAAACAAGAGGAGGAAGAGAGGAGGAGGAGAGAGGAGGAGCAACAGAAAGAGGUGGAGAGGAAGAAGAAGGAGGAGGUGGCGGCGGCGCUGGCAGCAGCCAAACACAAGUGGACGCCGCUCGGCUUCAAAAUGAGAGACCCCGACACGCUGGACGACAUCAGCAAGGAGCGAUUUGAAGGCACCGUCCUCAAAGCCAUCUCCAAAAAUCCUCGUAAGGAGAUCAAGAAGGAGCAGGAGGAGAACAAUGAGGGAGGAGGAGGAGGAGGAGCUGCGGAUGGACAGAUCAAAAUUAAAGUGGAAAAAAUGGAUGAAGAGGCAGAAGGAAAAACUGAAGGCGAUGGAGGAGAGGAGUCAAAGACCGAGAUGAAGGAGGUGAAGGAGGAGGAGGAGGAUCGGCCAGCUGAAGCCGGAGGUGAAGCCAGGAGCAAAGCCAAGCCCGAUGCAGAGAUGGGUCGACUGGUGAUGACCAUCGACGGUCAGCAGAAACAACUUCAGUUCAAUCCCAACGACCUGCUGACCACCGCCACCAUGCUGGAUGGAGACAAGGUUCGGUUCAACAUCGCCACCCAUCGGGAGACCAAACAGGAACGAGCAGCUUACGUGGAGAUUCUCCCCGACUCCUUCGAAGAGUCUACAGAACAACGCAGACAUGGCAUCGUGAUCGAGUUCUCGGAGGACUCGGGGCUCAUCAAGUGUACUCAGAACCCUCAGCUCUACUUCAGCAUGUCAGAGGUGAUAGAGAAGAAGAAACUGGAACUGAACGAGAAGGUCGAGUUCAGUGUUGUCCCGCAUGAAACAGCAGAGGGGGGGAACCAGGCCAUCAGGAUCAAACGUUACACUGAGAGUGUUUUCCUCCCCGUCCGAAAACUGGGUGGUGUCGGCGCAAACAAAGGGAAGAUGACCAUCAAGCUGACAAAAGCUCCAGAAGAUUCUGAGAAGGAAAAACCAGAGACGGACAAGCUGAAGGCUGUGGUGAAAAAUCUCAGAGCGCAAGACAGCAAGACCAUAAUGGGCAGAAGGGAUUACAGUGCCACUCGGCGUAGAUACGGUCGCAGCAGAAGCAGGAGUAGGAGUAAGGGCAGGAGUAAAAGUAGGAGCAGGAGUAAAAGUAGGAGCAGGAGUCCGCCCAGAGACAAAUUUGGACGUAUCAUCAAAAGGAGACGCAGCACCAGUGUUGACCGUGACCGUAAAACCAGCAGGUACAGGCGAAGCCGAAGCCGUGAAAGAUCACACAGGCAUACGAGAAGCCGCAGCAGGAGUCGCAGUAGAAGUCGCAGCAGAAGCCGCAGCAAGAGCUCCAGCAGGAGUCGCAGCAGGAGCAAGGACAGGGUCGGCAAGAAGAGGAGCAAAAUCAGCAGGGAUCUUGAAGAAAGUCACAAGAGGAGGAGGGAGUUGAGUCCUCCUCCCAGGCGUGUUGGAGGAGUUAUGGAUGACGAGCUGGCAAGGAAGAAGCGGGAGCUGGAGGAGCUGAACGAGAUGAUAGCCUACAAGAAGGCGCUGGUGGACCCCGGACAGAGGACAUGCAUAGACUAUGACCAUGGCAGGAUUGCCGUCCCACUCACAGAGUACAAACCAGUUCGGUCCAUUCUCAAGAAACGACCGGAGGGACCCGAGUACCACCAUCGUCCUCCUCAACCGUAUGAUGACCCUUAUUAUGACAAUCCAUAUGGUCCUUAUGAUGAUCGGCGUUAUGGUGACAGAUAUGGUGAGCGAUACGGUGAUCCCUACACCAGCCGUCCCUAUGCUGAACGUCCUUACAGUGAACGGCCCUACAGUGACCGCUCUUACGAAAACCGUCUCUACGGUGAACCUCCCUAUGAUGGCCCUCCGUCUGCCAGCCGCCGUUACACCGAUCGCUAUGAUGUUUAUGAUGAACCCUAUGACGAUCGAUACUAUGACCCAGCAUAUGCAGACCGACCAUACGAUGAUCCAUACCGUCCUGUCAAACGGAGCCAGUCUCCAGAACCCCAUGAUCCCUCAUCUUCCUGUCAGUCCAGCAAAGUUGCUGGCACCUCCACCCAACCUCCCAUGACUCAUUCUGCUGUUGCCUCAUCUUCCCAACCCCCUUUCAGACCUCCUUCCCCCACAGAACCGCCUCCUAGAAGCCCCUCUCCCAAACUGAAGAAUAUAACACCACGUCAGUCACCUCCAGCUGAGAAACCACCCCUUGAUCGCUUUCUUGACAUGCUUAAUAAAAAGGUGGAUGCUGAAAAGAAAUCAGAAUCAGUUUAUGUUAAUGAUGACCUUCUGCCUCAUGAACGGGCACUUCAAGAUGGCAGGGGCUUCUCUCGAAUUGUGGGAUUGGCUCAAGAGCAACCCAGCAGCAGUGUAGCCUUUGAAGGGGAAAAGAAACAACCGAGCCCCAAGCGGUCCUCAGUAGAGAGAACAAGUGAGGAACUGAAGAGCAGCACAGAACCAUACGACAAGAUCCAGAGUCUGCUCCGUACGAUUGGCCUGAAGCUGAGUACAGGAGAUGUGUCCAAACUGGCAAGCCGUGCCCAUGAGAAAAUCUAUAGUCCGAAGUCCUCCUCCACAGAAAGAGAGACUUUGUCGUCCCCAAGGGAUGAACAGCGAACAAGUAGAACCGGUUCCAUUAAAUCGGAUCACAUCCAUUCUCCCUCCCCUGCCAGGUCCUCAAGUUUGGAGCCUCUCAGCAGACAUAAAGCUGUCUCUGAGUAUGAGGGAUUCCUUGACCAGCAGGAGCUAGAGGCACUAAAAAAAGCACAACAGCUGCAGAGUCUUACCAAGACGAUGGAGAGCACACCCUCCACCACUCCUCCCAAACCUCCUCCUGGGCCUCCGCCUGCUCACUAUCAACAUCCAUCCCCACCAAUCAACUGGCCCCUUGGAGUCACUACCCAGAUUCCCCCAUUACAGAGCUCCACAAACCCCAAUGUGGGCACUCCAGGUCCUCCUGCAGCUGGUCAGCCACCCCAGAGAUUUAGACCUCCUCCAGGACCUCCCCCUGGACCUCCUCCUGGACCUCCUCCACGGCGUCCUGGUCAGUCUCCUCCAGGACCACCCCCUGGACCACCACCCCGGCGAUCUCCUGGACAACCUCCUUUCAUUCCACCCUCCAGUCAUGCAGGCUUUCCUUUUAUUGGUCAGCCUCCUGUAGCCCCACCCCCUAGUGCCUCCAGUCCAUUGCAGCCUUUAACCACUGCCUCGGUAACACCACCACCAUCAACACCAGCAACAUCAAGUCCCCCAAGUGAUGACCAGUCAGCCAUCUCGACAACAGUGGCCAGAUGCCUGAAGGUCAUAGAGACAGUGAAAUCUCUGGCUGUGCAGCCACCAGCCAAACCGGUCAAAUCAGUCCAGUUUAGUUUACCCACAGAGUCUCCAUCAGCCUCCAGUCCUCAGACCUCAGUAGAGACAGAUGAUGACAUCAAAAACAAGCAGAAGGAGAAGCUGGAUUUGUAUAACCAGAGGAUUAUGGAGAAGAGAGAGCAGCAGUUUCAGGAGAUGCUAGCCCGCAAGAAACAAGGAGAGAAGAACAAGGAUGGCACAUGGAUCUCCCCAGGGGUACGCAGACGUCUUCAGUGCAUUGCAGUGCUACAGAGUCAGUCGUCUCUUCUGCCACCUGUUAUCCAAGCCUAGUGGUUCAUCUCAGCAAUCAAGAAAAGAAGCCAGCUGCAACCCCCACUCCACAGAGUAACAUCUUUUUCCUCUUCAUAUUAUGACUUUUUGGUAUCUAGCUUAAAAGAAACCCAUUCUAGUCCAGAAAACUAUGUAGUCAGGUGAGAUUAUGAGAGGUUAAGAUAGACAUGUAGUUAGUUGGGCUGGGUAUUGUUUAAAAUGUUUCACUCCUAGUGGUGAUACGAUACCGGACUUUUGAUGCCUUACUCUGGUAAAUAUAAACUUGUUUUUAAGCAAAAACCUACUUCGUUUAAUAAAAGCAGCCAAGUUGUCCAAUGUGAAAUAGUGUCUAACACAAGCAGCCAUAUAAGGACUUUUUCUAAAUAAUAUAAAGUCUAAAUUUGCUAUAUUACCAGUACCAAAAAAGUAUAAAAUUUCGAUACCCAGCCCUGACAGUUAGCUAGACAAGCUGUUAAACUGAUACUUUUCAUGCCAAGGUAGUGGUUGAAGGUUUGGGUAUGCCAUUUCCAGCUUAAACAGUUACACUCAGUGGUCACUCUAGCAGGUACACCUUACAAUUUCUACACAUCUCUUACUCUUUAUUCACCACAGGGUCCUCUCUCAAAUCCACAUGAAUGUCUGAUCAGGCCUUUAAUGGACUUGCCAUUAAAGGUGAGUGAAAUGGAGGUAGAAUUAUUGGAACCAAAUUGAGAUUUCCCAAACUAUAGAUUUUUCUGGGAUGGAUGUUAGAACCAGUAUAAGAGACAAUCUCAGAGUUACAACUCAUUGUACAUUAAAGAGGACGAUGUUCAUCAGCUGAGGACAGCUACCUCGACUUGUGUCAGUGAAGAACAAGAAGGAGAAGCCGGAUUGGUUGGGCCAUCCUAAACUAUUAUGGGACCUUUUCACUACAUUAUGAUUACAUCCUCAUUCACUAUGAGGCAUGGCAUCCACAUGGGAAUUUUGGCUUGCCAUUAGAACUGAAGAAGCCAUUCAUUUGAACAAUGUGUCCACAAAUCUACAGCUAUGGUCCAGUGGAUACUUUCAUCCCAACUAUAAAGGACGUUUUCAAGCAUUACCUUCCAUCAAAACCAAGAAAAAUUCUCAGCACUGUAUACUGAAACGGUGACCACUGAGUGUAUACAUUUUACAGCUAGCUGACAAUGCCUUUGCUAAGUUUGGAUUUGAUUUGGUGUUCAUUGACAGUGAAGAGUAUAAACACAGAUAUCAAACCUGCUACAUACUGCUUUUUAAAUAAACCUAGAGCUUCGAGCCCAGGAAGGACACCGUAGGAUGAAGACCAAGACCAAGGACAAACCCCUCUAACAACUCAGUCUGUACUACUGUUUGUAGUACUAACAGGUAGCAUUAAGUGUGUUGUACUUUAGAAGUACUUGUUCCUAUUCAAAGUUAGCUUGCUGCUUCCGCAUGACGCUAAUUAGGUAGCAGUAAUUGUUUGCUACAAAAAAGACAUGAAAUGCCCACAAACAAUUAUUUAGACUUCAUAUAGAUCAUGUUUUAGUGCUCAGUAGGCCCUUUAGGUCAACGUGGCUUUCAUAGACAUGGCUUUAAUAGUCUAGGACACAGUCUAGUAAGAAUUGUUUAGAUGUAAACAUGUAGGGAUUGUCUUGUUAAGACUGAAUGUAAAGGUCACUCCAAAGCUAACGCAACCAUUAAGAAAAUUCAGAGGGUAAAGGGUGAGGGUCCAGAAAAAGGGUUUCAUCUGAAUUGUUGAAACAGUCUUGCCUCAGGACUUUCUUAUGUAAAUAACAUGUUUGUUUUUAUAGAUGUCACAUUUCAUUUUCGCAAGAAUACUUCAUACAGCUAUGACAUUCAACUUUAAUAAUAGUAAAAUGCCAAAAAGCAGUUUACCUUUAACAAUCUUUUAACAUGUUUUUUAUGAACUCUGGUCCAUCUACUGAACUUUAAAGUAAGCCAUGCUCAUGAAAGCCUUAUGAGUGUUUUACCAAGCCCCUCUACAAUAAGGCCUUACCUGUCCAGGCAUAUGUGAUGCUGUUGGAACAGCUGGCCUUUUCUUAUAUUAGUUCAUUUAGGUUGUUUAUUGAUAGUAAGUCAAAUUCUCCAAAUGUUUUUUUGUUGUUGUUGUUGUUGUCUACAGAAUUUUGUAUUACACAUCCAGUCUAAAGGAUAUUGCAUUUUAGAGAUAUUGUGGUAAAUCUUUGAGCCAAGUCCUUGUAAAGCUGUUCAGGGUAAGUCAAGUUGGCUCAGUUCUGUUUGUGUCAUCCAGUACAGUAGAGUGUAGCAGUGUUCUCCAACAACUUUUUAACAAAGGAUCCAGAAGACUAAUUCUGACCAUGCAAAGUAAAGCCUUCUUAUUUCAUUCACAGUGAGAAAAGUUAGUAUUUUGCUUUUUAAAAUAAUUUAUUUUGAUGAGUCACUCCAUUUGGCAGCGAGGUAAUACAGUUUUAACUAUGUACAGGAAGAGCUAGCCCUGCUAAAACAGAAUUCAUGCUAUGGCAGGUUGUUUCAUGUUGUGUCUGCCUCUAAGUUGUGAUGCUACUGAUCAGAAAUUCAUUUUCUGAUAACUAAGUUAGUAAGUAGUCCAGUCACCAAACCUGGAGUUCAAAUUGAGUUCUGGUUCUUCAGUGUUUGAAUCUGAGUUCACAUCACCAAGUUGAUUUACUAAAGGCCAGGUUAGUCAUUUAAUUCAUGUUGAGUGACUGAAGUCUUGGCAGAGUCACAGAGGUAAGGAUGGCGUGUCUGAAGACAUUCCCACAUCAUUAAGUUAAUUUCCAAAUCAGAGUUUUUAUCCCGCAGAUAUAUUUUAAUCCGGCAAACUGUGAAACGUUAGCUCAGGAAGCUAACAGAGAGAACUUUUAUCGUCAUGUAGGGACUGUUAGUCAGAAAUUAUAAGCUUUAAUGGUAUCAGACGUGACCUACCAGUAAGCUGCCAUUAAUGCCGUAAGUGGUCAACUCCUGAAUGGUUGUUAUUUUUAAAGCUGGAGUGACACUGUCGACACGUGCUUACGUCAUAGGCUCUGCCGUAGCCUACUCCUUUGCUACUGUUGUGGCUGUAAAACAGUUGAUAAACUGUUGUGAGCGUCACAACCCCUGCAAAAUUACUUGUUUUACAAUCAGAAUUUGAUCCAUUAGGUUCAGUAACAUUUGUAAAUUGUAGAAGUACCACAUGAUUAAAUUAUUUUAUCCCUCAAGUUAGCAGAAAGCUAACUGGAAGUUAGCCAGCUCAGCCAGCGGAAGUCUCUAGUGUGCAUGCUCUGCCUAUAGAGCAUGCGCACAUACUGCCAUCCGGCCAGCGUAGGAAAGUCAAACCCAACACCAGAUUUAAAACUCUGGUAUACUGUGAAAUACAGAGAGAUUUAUCAGGCGAUGAUAGGCUUAAUUAACAUUGUGUCAACUCGUUUUGCAAGGGCUUGAAGGUAAUGGAUGGACAUUCAUUCAUUCUUGUAAUAAUGUUAUGAAGUAUGUUGUCCAAGCCUGGUUUGUCCACGUUUUAAUUAAAAGAAGGUAAGAUUACCAUGAAAAUGUAUUGCAUCAACCCUUUGAAUAAUGAACUGUUAAGUAGCUUGUCCUUUCAGUCUGUGAAACUAAUGUUAGCUUAGGAAGCUAAUGUAGAGAGCUUGGAGCACAUUAGCUUUAACAGCUUCUUACACAACUUACAGUCAGCAAGUGGUCAACUCUGUACCUGCCAUCAAUAAAUAUGUUACUGAUGAAUGUUAUGGUGAGUAAUAUUACAUAGCAGCUUGUGUGGGCUAUAUUUGUUCACUUUUUAUUUAUGUCAGUCUACUAAAGAAAUGUUUUCGCAUUAGUAUUUUAGGCUAAUCAACCUUAACAGCUGUUAAGUGAGACCAACCCAAUUCUGGGCUGUUUGAUAGUCUGAAACGUUAGCUCAGGAAGCUAACGUGGAUAGCUUUCAGCAUUAUUUAGGGGUAGCCAGUGAGAUGUUAAAGUGACUUACUUAUUGUGACUAAUACCAUUUCAACUCUGCCAUCAAUAAUGCACAGAUUGUAGGAGCUAAACCAACCCCUUUUCCCAAGUUUAUCCAUAUUUUAAGUUUAAGUAUAUCUCCAGCCAAGUCUUUGGUUACAUAAGCUGACUGGUUUGAAAAUGAGAACUUUAUUUAAAGACCAUGCCCUAGUUUAGUGUCAAGGACUUGGCUCUUUAGUGAGAGCCUAAGAUACCUAGAUAUUGAAAGUUAAUACUUUCACUUCACUUCAUGGACAUUAGUAAGUCAGUUAGUCCAUUGCUGCCAUGGUUUUAGCUUGUUACCAAAGUUCUCUUACUCGCCAUUUAUUAAAGCAACAGUUCUGCCUAGUAUUGCGUAUGUGUACAUAUCUAGAAGUAGUUAGGAUUUACAUAAGACAAAGUUUAUGAGUGCUCAUUUUGUUGUAGUGAUGGGUAAGUAUCACUUUAGUAGACACUCAUCCAAGUCUAAGUUUAUGAACCGCGGACGCGACAGUACUCAGAAGUUCAAAUCCUCAGUGUGCUAAUCUUCGCUGGAGUCGUCGUUAUCAAUGUUGAAGUUUUAUGUCGAGCAACUGAAAUUGGACUUGAAUGCGAGUCAAGAAAUUGGAAUACUACAACUCUGCUGAUAGAUAUCAAAGGUUCUUAGCAAGGUGGUUGUUUCCUUUCAUAACCAUGAUUGUAACAUGUAUAUAAUGCUAGUUUUCUAGAUAGAUUUCUAUUUUUGCUUUUGUUUUGUCUUUGAAUCAGCACAAACCCUGACUUCCAUGUCAAGUCGGUGUUUGAACAUUAAACUGUUGCAGUUCCAUCACCCAAAUGACAGUAGGCCAUCUGUCAGUCUUCUCACUUUUGCGCAUUUAAAUCCACUAUGAUGUCUGUCACACAGCGAGUCUCAUCUUUGCCUUUUAAUAUGCUGCUCAGGUAACUACUGUUCACAUGCCUCAGUCCUGUGACUGUACACCUUAUGGACAACCAGACAAUCAGUUAAGAUCACUUUGCGUAGCCUAAAGUGGAGAUGAUGAGGUCCAGUACGGAGUCAGAGAACAGAAAUGGAAAAAUUAAAAAAUGUCCCAAAUGGACUAACAAAAGGAUAUAAUUUGAUUUUUAAAAUUUUACAGAUGAACAGGUCAUUAAAUCAGCGUCACCCAUCAAUCCAUCUACCAACAUCCCCGACCCAGUGUUGUUUUUUUACAGUUUGAUCAUUCAUACCUGCAUUAUGAUUUAUAAUCGGUGAUCUAUAACAUAUUCAUUUUGCAACUCAAUAGCCAGCAGCAGCCUCAAUGGCUGCUUUCAUUCACAGUUUUCCUUUUUCAAAUCAUGCCAGACAAUAAUAAAGACAAUAAUAAAGCUAUGCAUUGAUGUUUUUACCCAAUCUGAUCUAAUAAUCAAUGAAAUAAUAAAUAAUUAAGUUUUUAUCUGACUCUCCGGGUAAACUGUAGGUCCCUCUCAGUCGACUAGCGAUGAUAUACUGUACUUAAAUUUUAGUGGCUGAUUUUAAACCUAUAUAACCUUCCUAAUGAUAUUUGUCUAACUGCUAAAUGGAUUGACAAAGAUGAUAUGUGGUUUUAUGUAGUUGUACUAGUGCAGUUCCUGUUCGGAACAGACCAGUUUCUCAAUACCUAGAGAGAACAGCGACCGUCCACUAAACGCCUCUCACGCAGAAUAUCGUUAGUCGCUACAAUUUACCAAUGCUCCCUGACCGCCUCACUCAGAAUAUCUGGAGACUACUAUUUUGAGUUGAGCUGGAGUUGAACGGAUGAACUGUAGUUCCUGUUCAAAACGUGCCUGAGACAUCCUGCAUUAUGUCUUGAAUAUAGAUGCGAAGUUUCGUUCACAGCACACGGUUCAAUAGUAGAGUUAAGUCUCUUAAACGUUUUCAGGUCAUUAUCACUACAGAUGUAAUUCUACUUCUGACCACAAUGUGGGUUGCAGUGGCAGAGUGGAGCUAUCAGUAUUUCUGUUCGUUGACUCCACGGGCAGAAGAAGAAGCAAAUCAACCUUAU